AUUUUCAUGAAUGUUUAUAUUUUAUUAUUCAAAGAAAUCAUUUAUGACUAUUUUUUUGUAUUUUAAAUCUUCGAAAUAAUCGAUUAAUAUUUAUUUAUAAUUAUUUUCAUACGAAGUGUUUUUUUCACUAAAAAGUAAUGAAAUAUAUGUUAUUAAUUCCUAAAACUCUUCUUUUUUUUCUAAAUUUUCUAUAUGUGUAAGAUUUUCGAUAAAUUAUUUUUAUUUUUCUAGUAUUUUUUUCGAAAUAUCAAGAUUAAAACCAUAUAUUUUUCUUAAAUUCUCUAUUUUUUUUAACAUAUUAGUCUAUAUUAGUUCUAAAUUGUUUAAAAUUUGAUAAUUUUUUUACUCUAUAUUAGAUAUUAUAUCUGAUAUUUGGUC